AAAGCUCAGUCUCCUGCUCAAAACAGGAGUGCAGCAGCCGGAGCGAGUGGGGACAAGCUCGCCGAACACCGGGCGUCUCGAUAGGGACCCGAGGCUGCAGGACUGCUCCGAGACGCUGCGGUGACGGCGGCGCCGGAGGACGCGGAGGACUCUGGCCACCCGCACUCCGUGCGCUCUGCCACCAGCGCUCAGCAGAGACCCCGGGCUGCGGCUGCACUCGCUGAGUGCCUCUCCCAGCAGCGGCAGCCCAGAAGUGCCCGGCACCUGGAGCUCACUGGAGCUGAGGGUCCGAGCUGAGCUGGCUGUUGUAAAGCCAAAAGAAGAGUCAGUGACUGGGACCUCUGUCCUGGUGGCGACGGUGAGAAAGGUGAGCCCGAGGGCGCGGCACAGAACUGUCCAGCUCCGAGCACUGGGGUCCGCCGGUCAGCAGGGAAGGCAGCUGAGCGCAGAGGCGAGUGAGCCGACGCGUCCUGGGGUCUUUGCAGUCCCCGCCGGCCCCAAGGCACCGACUCUCGGUCAGUUGUGUGCCGCAGGGCGGGAGAGGCGCGCCAUGGAGGCGCCGGGUCUCGCCAGUACGCUCCAGGCCAAGUGAAGUGGUCCGGCUGGGGUCGGCGGGACCCGCGGGCCAUGUACGGCGACAUAUUCAACACCACUGGCGGCCCCGAGGCGGCGGUAGACAGCGCGCUGGCCCCAGGAGCCACGGUCAAGGCAGAAGGCGCUUUGCCGCUGGAGCUGGCCACUGCGCGCGGUAUGCGGGACAGUACGGCCACAAAGCCCGACCUGCCCACCUACCUGCUGCUCUUCUUCCUGCUGCUGCUCUCGGUGGCGCUCGUCGUCCUCUUCAUCGGCUGCCAGCUGCGCCAUUCGGCCUUCGCCGCGCUGCCCCACGACCGCUCGCUGCGCGACGCCCGCGCACCCUGGAAGACGCGGCCGGUGUAGUGUGGGACUGAGACACAGCCGCUG